AUGUCUUCCACCACGAACGUCCUCAUCACCGGCGCCGGCCGCGGUCUCGGCCGUGGAUUCCUGACAACGUUCCUCGCUCGCCCCAACCACAUCGUCAUCGGCAGUAUCCGCGACCUCGACUCCACCACAGCUCAGGACCUGCGGGCCAUCACUCCGGCCUCGGGCUCGCGCCUCAUCCUCGUCAAGAUCGAAGCCACCUCGACGACGGACCCCGCCGACGCCAUCCGCCAGAUCGAGGCCGAGGGCGUCAGCAAGCUCGACGUCGUCAUCGCCAACUCGGGCAUCACGGGUACCCAGGGCGGUCUCGAGACGGUUGACCCAGCCGACUUCCAGCAUGUCCUGCUCGUCAACGCCGUCGCGCCCACGGCUCUCUUCAACGCCGCGCAGCCGCUGUUCGACAAGGCCGAGAACCCCAAGUGGGUGUCCAUCUCGACGCUCAUGGCCACCAUCAACGGUCUCGAGAAAACGGCGGCGUGGCCGUCGGUUCCCUACAGUGCUUCCAAGGCGGCGCUCAACUUCAUCACAAAGUCGAUCCACAUCUGGCGCUCCAACAUUACUGCCAUCUCGGUGCACCCCGGAUUCGUCGCCACCGACAUGGGCAAGUCUGGAAUCAAAUUCUACAACCUGCCGGAGGAGGCCGCCAUCAGCGCCGAGGACAGCGUCAGUGGUGUGACGAAGCUUAUUGACUAUGCCACGAGGGCCGAACACUCGGGUAAGUUCAUCAGCUACGACGGGUCCUUCCUCGAGUGGUGA